AUGGCAUGGGUGAAAUUCUUAAGAAAACCUGGGGGUAACCUUGGAAAAGUUUAUCAGCCCGGAAGUAUAUUGUCCCUGGCCCCUACAAAAGGAUUAUUAAAUGAACCAGGACAAAACAGCUGCUUUCUGAAUAGCGCUGUUCAGGUAUUAUGGCAACUUGACAUAUUUCGACGAAGUUUAAGAGGUUUAACUGGACAUGUGUGUCAGGGAGAUGCCUGCAUAUUUUGUGCUUUAAAGGCAAUAUUUUCACAAUUUCAACACAGUCGAGAAAAAGCACUCCCAUCGGAUAAUAUGAGACAUGCCCUGGCAGAAAGUUUUAAGGAUGAACAGCGCUUCCAGCUUGGAUUCAUGGAUGAUGCAGCAGAAUGCUUUGAAAAUAUCCUUGAGAGGAUCCAUUUUCACCUAGUGCCAAACAGUGAAACAGAUAUGUGCACCUCCAAAUCCUGUAUUUCUCAUCAGAAGUUUGCUAUGACUCUGUAUGAACAGUGUGUGUGUCGCAGUUGUGGAGCAUCAUCAGACCCGUUGCCUUUUACGGAAUUUGUGCGUUAUAUUUCUACCACAGCCCUUUGUAACGAAGUAGAAAGAAUGAUGGAGAGGCAUGAACGUCUCAAGCCAGAAAUGUUUGCAGAAUUGCUGCAGGCAGCAAAUACUACUGAUGACUACAGGAACUGUCCUAGUAACUGUGGUCAAAAAAUAAAAAUUCGUCGUGUUCUUAUGAAUUGUCCUGAGAUUGUCACAAUUGGUUUAGUCUGGGAUUCAGAACACUCUGACCUGACAGAAGAGGUUAUGCGGAAUUUGGCAACACAACUUUACCUUCCUGGGCUCUUUUAUAGGGUUACAGAUGAAAAUGCCAAAAAUAGUGAACUCUUCCUUGUGGGAAUGAUUUGCUACACAAGUCGACAUUACUGUGCCUUUGCCUUUCACACCAAGAGUUGCAAAUGGGUGCUGUUUGAUGAUGCUAAUGUAAAAGAGAUUGGAACAAAAUGGAAAGAUGUGGUCUCCAGAUGCAUUCGAUGUCAUUUCCAGCCAUUGUUGCUAUUUUAUGCCAACCCAGAUGGCACAGCUGUAUCUCCAGAGGAUGCUCCAAAGCAAAUUAUUCACUGGUCUCAAUGCAAAGCAGCAGGAGGAAAUGGGGAAGACCUGGGAUUUGAAAAACAUUCUGCUCCUAAAUCAGACCACAUAAAAGAGAAUGGAAUUGGCGACCCCACGAAUCAAAGGAUUAAUAAAAAACUUCAGCCAGAUAAUUCAGCAUUCAGUAGAAGCCAUAUUCAAGCUAGUGGUGGUAGAGGUCCAGCCAAGUUAGGUUACAGUGAUCAAAAAGACAGGCUAAAGGACUUAUCCAGAGAGUGUGCUCAGAAAGCUGCUGAUAUGAAAAGCUUCUCAUCUUUACGAAAAGAUGCAGACAGAGGACUCAGAAAAGAGUCUGGGAGACAAAGAGAUUUGAUUGGGGAAGAUCGUCCCAAUAUGAAGUUGGGGUCUCCUCCAGUUGGAAACGGAGUUAAACACUGUGCUGACCCACGCAUAUACAGCAGCCAGGGAAGGGGCAGCAAUAAGCAUGACAAUGCACCUCAGCAAGCAAAGCUUUCUGUGCAGGUGCUUGCAUCAAAUAAAACAGAAGCUUUUCCUGCUGGGGAGAAACCAGUGAUCAGGACCCGGACUGAUGUUGUCACUGGAUAUGAUACAGACACCAGUCAAGACUCCCGGGACAAAGCAAGUAGCAGCAGCAGCAGAAGCAGAAGUAGAGGCUGGAAACCUAUGCGAGAGACACUAAAUGUAGACAGCAUUUUCAGUGAGACUGAGAAAAAACAGCAUAGCCCAAAGCACAAGGCAAAUCUGAACAGUAAAUCUAAGCACGAAAAGGAGCGAAGCUUUAACCAUUGGCCAAAAGAGAACCAAAUCCAGAAAGGUUUAAUGACUAUAUAUGAAGAUGAAACAAAACAGGAUACAGGAAGUCGAAGUUCACUGGAUUCAGAGGGAAAAGGGAAUGCUGAAAAAAGCAAAGGAUUUACAGAGAGAAAAAUCCAUGGUGAUAACUGGCAAAUUCAGAGGACAGAAUCUGGCUAUGAAAGCAGUGAUCAUAUCAGCAAUGGUUCUGCAAAUCCAGACUCACCUGUUAUUGAAGGAAUCAAUCCAGCAGAUGUCAAGAAUGCUAAAGAAAGCACUUCCUGCAGUGAACAGACCUUGUCAAACAAAAAAGCUGACAGUGUGUUACAUCCAGUAUCCCAGCAGAACAGAAACUGUUAUGAUUUGAGGAAAGACCAGAUAAAUUCAGAAGUUAACUACAGACCUCAUGUUAAUUUCCCAACAGAAUCACGUUUACAGGUGCCCAGUCCUCCAGUAAAGAGAGUUGAAAUGCCUGAGACCAAUAGGAAACUUAUCCCAUCAUCAGCUCUACAGCCACUUGCUAAAGACAUUAAGUCAGAAAGUAGGAGUAAGGCAAAUGAACAGAUUUCCUCAGAGUGGCUUAGUCCAGAAAAGUUGGAGAAGAUGAAUGUGUCUGUACGUUGUGCUGAUGGCGUGUCCCACUCCUACACUGAAAAUAUCUGCGGAAGGAAGCCGGUCAGCAAUGACUUUCACUCCUCUUCCCAGCCACUGUCUCAUCACACAAGAACAUUUGGUCCCAAGGUGGGGUUGUUGCCUUGUGUGCCACAGAACCUGUUAGAAAGGCCCAUGGUGCUUCCCUCUUCUGGUGAGCACCCCAGUCACCCACUCCGAAGGGUGGAUGCUCUUUGGGUGCCUGAAGCCGUGUACCAGAAUCUUCCUCCCCCUUUACCACCGAAGAAAUACGCUCUUAAUACUUUGCCAGGAUCAGAAAAUAACUUGCCAGCUGAUGUAAAAUCAACAGAAGUGUUGCAAAAUAAUCUGUUAAGGCAAACAGGUACCCCUUUAAAAUCUGCACCAGAAGCAAGCGUAUUUACAAAUGAACAAAGGCUUAAAGAGCCAUUUCAAGGGAAUGAACUAUUUGUUCAUAAACCAGAUUCUCCACCUUGCUUACCAGUUAAUGACUUUUGGACUGUCUCUGAAAACUUUUUAAAGAAAGGAUCUCGUCAUACAGGACCAAGUCCUGGCUAUGUGGAUGGAAAUGAUAGUGUAUCCCUAACGACUUAUUUUUCAGUAGAUAGUUGUAUGACUGACACAUACAGGAUGAAAUAUCAUCAGAGACCCAAGCUGUAUUUUACAGAUAGUGGAAGCUUUCACAAAGAAAAGCAUCCUCCAUCAGCUGGAGUAGAACUGAAUGCUACAUACCAUGCUCCUCUUGAGCCCAGGCAUCACACACCUGAGCAAAGGUACAAAGCAAAUGUGGAAAGCCUACACUGCAGCAGAUAG